AUGGUUGACCUUCAAGCUGCCUGCUACGGCAUUGUCUCGACUUUUUUCGUUGCUUCAACUAUCACUAUUCUUCUUCGUAUCUACUCCCGUGGAUUCGUCAUCAAGAACUUCGGGUGGGAUGAUUGGUGUAUGACUUCGAUCUUGUUCUUCAACUGUGGACAACAAGUACUUCUAUACUACUUCAUUCAUUAUGGUGGUGGACUACACAUCGAACAGGUCAUGACCACUCACCCAGAAUGGCUUCCUAAACUUAUUACAGCUCUCUUCGUCGAAGAGCUCUACUACGUCCUCAUGCACUGGGUCAUCAAGAUGGCAUUCCUUCUCUUCUAUCUCCGCUUCGCCACCAAACGUUUCAGGACUCUAGUAUACUGCACUAUUGGCCUAAACUGUGCAUUCACUGUCAUCCAAUGGCUCAUCUACUGCCUCCAAUGCAUUCCAAUCGAUGCUUUCUUCCACCCAGAACUUCACCCUGGCGUGAAAUGCAUCGACAACGCCGUUCUGGCAUUCGUCCCUGCUGCACUGAACAUCUUCACCGACAUCUGCAUCGUCGUCCUCCCCAUCCAACCCCUCUGGGCGAUCCAAAUCUCGCUCCGCAAGCGCCUCAUGCUCCUCAGCAUCAUCUCCCUCGGCGGCAUCGUCGUGCUGAUCUCCAUCCUCCGCCUGACCGUGCUCCUCGAGUUCCAGAAGAUGACAGACUUCACCUACUCCCUCGGCAAAAUCAUCAUCAUCUCCUGCAUCGAGCUCGAAGUCGCCAUCAUGGCCGCCAACGCCCCCUCGCUGCGCAUCCUCUUCAGUAACGCAGCAGCGGCCGGAGGCGGCUCUCAAGCUGCGUCCGGCGGUGGACACCACUCCCUCACCAAUAUGUCCAGACCGCAGUCGAAGCCGCGGUUUGCGACGACGAGCUCGACCUGCCAUAUUACGAGUAAGGGCGCGAAUAUGAGUGUGCAGCUCACGAACGAGCGCUCGCAUUCAAACCAGUCGAACAGCUCCGAGGAGUCCCUGACAAAACAUGUGAUGAGCGACUCCGGGAUUCUGGUCACGUCGAUUAUUGGUGUGGAGACGCAUGAUGCGAGGAGGGAUUCGAGGAGGUCGAAUGCCGCGAGUGAUCGCUCCGAUAUGGUUUGA